AUGGCACGUCCGCGUCCAAAGCUCUCUCUUUGGACACGCAUCCGUCGCUUCUUCUACCUCUUCAGCAGCCCGCUCAAGCUCCGCGCCAGCAUUGACCGAUUGCGCGCCCACCACAGACACCCCUACCUCGCCCUUCUCCGCCUCUUCCUCCCUCUCCCGACAUGGCACUUCCCCAUACCACCGUCUCUUUCCAUCCACGAACUAUGGGGUAAUCCUGCCCUCAUGCGCGCCCGACGCGGCGACAUCCACAACCUCUGGAGCAUCCCGCUCUGGAGCGCGCGCGACACCCCACUCCGUUCCCUCUACCGCCUCUACGAAUGCAUGGCGUCCGGCGAUUACAUCCCUAUAGGCACGGAGACGGAAUACUUCUGGUAUCAUUCGCGCUGGACUCUCGAGAAUAUUCCCGAUCCGCAGGAUCCUGACCCUAUGCGGUACGCGAUCCUUGCCUGUCUGGCGGAGGAGCUGGUGCACGCCUUCAAUUGGCGGUUGGGCCUAGGGAUGAGGCGGGACGGGAGACAUUUGUACCGUGAGAGGGACGAGGAUCCAUACCCGCCAUAUGAUCCGGAGACUGUGGCGCCGUGGACGAAGAAUGUUCCCCCGAUCGAUCCGCACUGGACGGUUGACUUGCCUUCUGACGUCGUGGAUGCGGCAGGCAGAUUGGUGCUGGAGGAUGGGGGAGUGAACGAGACAUUUGCCAAGCGGAAUAUCGUGACGAAUGUGGGAUGGCUAUAUACGAUAUAA